GCGACGACAGCUCCCCGCCCGACUUUUUUCGUCCAAAAACACCUAUUCUCUGCCCCGCCAAACUCACAGUCCAGUCUUUACCGUCAUGAAGACCUUCUCCGCCGUCGUCGCCCUUGUCGCGCUCAUCCCCUCCGUUCUCGGUCUCACUAUCAACACCCCGACGAGCGUUGUCCAGUGCCAGCCCAUUCAGCUCACCUGGUCUGAUGGAACCGCGCCCUACUUCCUGUCCCUCCUUCCUGGUGGCCAGCCCUCCGCGACGCCUCUCGAGUCGUUCGAUUCGACGACUUCCACCUCGUUCACUUGGACCGUCAACCUCCCUUCGGGCACUAGCGUCACCGCCCAGAUCAAGGAUAGCACGGGUACCAUCGCGUACUCCGACAUUUUCACCAUCCAGUCGGGCUCGGACUCUAGCUGCUUGACCUCGUCCGGUGUUGCGGGCGCGACCUCUGGCGGCUCGUCCGCCACGACCAGCGGCGCGGCUGCGACCACCACCGGCACCGGUUCGUCCGGCGCCUCAGCCACCGCCAAGACCUCGGGCUCGGCGGCUGCCACCGGCUCUGGCACCGCCAGCCCGUCGGCGUCGAGCACGAGCAGCAGCUCCAACGCCGCGCGCGGCAGCUCCAUCAGCGCGUUCGGCAUCGCCGGCGUCAUGGGCCUCGUCGGCGCCGCGCUUUUCUGAAGCGGGUUGCCCCGUUGAUGACCCUCCCGGUGCCCGGACUAGAGCGUUUGUUAGAUCGAGGCACGGGGUCGCUAUUUCAUGAUGAACCUUUCACGGACAACCUUUAGUUUUGUCAAUAUACUACACUCUUUUGGAACACUGAGAGCUGUGGGGCCUCUCUCGCUAUGGGAGGUCGUGAGCGCGCAAGUAGUGUAUACACUUUAGUCUCUUCUAUUUCCUUUUUUCUUCUUCUCUAUAGUGUGAUGGUUGUGUACGAAGUACGAUCCCCUGCGGGCGGUUAUGAGUACGCACUAUCCAAUUGAUCAUGUUCUAUGCCC